GUCUCUGCCUGUCUGUGUCCAUGUCUCUGCUCCGUUCCCGGCUUCAUUCCGACAAAGACCGUCAGUGUCCCGCCUGCUGUGCUACCUCUGGAUUUAAGUCAGCUGGAUUACUGCUUGGACUCUCGGCUCAUUAUUCCACGCUGCCACAUUUAAAUGGGAGGCAAAGUUGGACCGCCAUGGAAUGCACGAAUGGUGAAAAACAGUUUGGUUUUUCUUGCGCUUUUAAGAGCUUCCUAGCAUUCAAAAUGAGCCCACUUUUCUUCAUUAAAAGUGUUUUUAUACGUAAAUUAAUUUGAGAUCUUUCUCUUCUGUGUCGCCUGUUUAAAGUAGGUUAGUUAUUUUGCAAUAUAACAUUUUGUACUUGGCUGCCAGGGCACAUUUUGAUGUGAAAGAUGAGUGGGGAAGCGGGAUAGAAUCAUGUCUCGAGCGUAACCUUUUGGAAAAGUCUGUCUUUUUAAAGCUGGUCUCAAAGUUUUACAUUGAAAAUGUGACUGUAUCACUUCAAAAAAAAUUUUUUUCCUGGGAUCUGUUACUGUCAGAUUUUGAUUUUUUUUUUUUUUUGGUUCGUUACAUUGGACUGCAUGUGAACUUGCAUCCUAUCCAGUUCAUCCCUCUCCAAGGGAACCCUCAAACUAAACUCUUCCCUGUUAACCCACUUAGACUCCCGAUCUCCCCUGUGGGGUUUUCUUUAUAACAUUCGUCCUAUUCUAGUGUACUGAGGAAAGCAAAAGCCAAACCAGCAAAGGGGGUACCGGGAAGGAAGUCACCCCCCUCCCAAAAGUGAGAGGGGGGGAAGAUGGCAGCUCUCGCCAGCUCUCUCAUUAGACAGAAACGGGCGGUCAAGGACGACCAAGCCAACCGACCGGUAGCCAGCAAGCGCAAGCCCUGUCCUAAGAGCAACAAGUCCCUGUGCCAGAAACAGAUCCUCGUCCUGAUCUCCAAAGUACGGCUAUGCGGAGGUCGAAAAGGGCGAAAUGACAAAAGACCAGAGCCACAGCUGAAAGGCAUCGUUACCCGGCUGUACAGCCAACAUGGAUACUACCUGCAGAUGCAGCCUGAUGGCACUGUCGACAGCACAAGGGAUGAAAGCAGCUCAUUUUCACAGUUCAACUUAAUUCCAGUGGGGCUGCGGAUUGUGGCAAUUCAGGGGGCAAAGACAGGGUUGUACCUCGCCAUGAAUAGUGAAGGAUACCUCUAUACAUCAGAGCACUUCACUCCUGAGUGCAGGUUCAAAGAGAGCGUGUUUGAGAACUACUACGUUACGUACUCCUCCAUGCUCUAUCGCCAGACCCAGUCUGGCCGCUCCUGGUAUAUCGGUAUCAACCGUGACGGUCAGGUCAUGAAGGGCAACCGGGUAAAGAAGACCAAGGGAGCUGCACACUUCCUGCCUAAAGUUAUAGAGGUUGCAAUGUAUAAGGAGCCAUCGCUACACGAGCUAGUCAGUGAGCCAGUGAGCCCACCUCGGAAGACGGUGAAGACAUCAGAUUCGCCGUCCCUAAAGAAUGGACAGAAAGAAGCUCCCAAGGCUGAGGCCUCAUAGCACAGGAGAAUGAGGGUGGGACAAAGGGUAGCAGUGACACUUGGAACAAAGUUGCCCACUAUGCACUGAGGGUGGCUGGGGGAAUGGUCCUCAGCGGCCACCUCAUUCCAGAAGUGCACUCCAAGAUGCUGAGAGAUAAAGAGUCAGCAGUCCAUCAGCAGCCAAGAAGACCUGAGAGAGGAGUCCCCCCUCACCUGAAACCACAGAAGGAAAGCCCAGGGUCUGAGCCAGAACUCCUACCACCGCCCCCCCCACACCCCACCCUUUCUCCCAGUGUCACCUCUUUCUGUACCUGUUGUGAUUUGCUUACGUGCAGCCCCAUUUAUUUCUCUGUCAGGAUCAAGCUUCUUUGUCUGCUGACAGUUUCAUCUUUUCUCAUAUGCCUUCCCCACCAUCAGCUCUAUUGUACUGUAUAGUCACCACACACACACACACACACACACACACAUCCAGCACUGACUCCGCAGGAUAAUCCUCACCCAUGGGCUCCCUCUUGAGCCCUAAAGUUGGUGACAGUGUGGCUCAGCCAGCUUUCCACCCACCAUCUGCCUACCAGCUAAUCACUAAGGUCAACUAAAGCUCAAAGUGAGAUGAUAUGGCUUAGAGACGAAAGAAAUCUGCAGGAAGCUUGGGUCGGGUCAGGUCAGCAGCAACUAAAAACGAAUCCUUUUCCUCUUUUGUUUGCUUUCUUUGCUAUCUGUGAUAAUAACUGGAUGAUGCCAAAAACAUUAUAUCGAUUAAGCAGAGAGGUGGGGAUGGUUGCUUCAGUCCUGUCGGAGAUAAGAAAGCAGAAUGUUUGAAUUUCACAACAAAUGCUAUGAAGUUCAGGAGCAAGGAACUGCUCGCAUAAGUGUAAGCAGUGGUUCCCAGUAAAAUAAAUUAAUAACCUAAAGCAGCUACUCUUCUUGGGAAGAUGAGCCAUAAAAUAUCAUUUACUUUCAUGUAUUUUUGGUUUUGUUUUUCCAGACUCUAAUGGAAAGGGUCAAAAGGCUUGAGCAAUAUUUAUACCAGCAAAAACAAAAACAGGUGAGGCGUAAGUAAAUGAGACAGUGCAUGACACCCUCUUUCUACUGCAGUAAUCUCUAACAGGUGAUCGCUAAUUAUGGCGCUCGCUCAUUAAAAGCUACAAAUGAAACAACUGGCUCAUAUUUUAAACCCAGGGUGGAUCAGUCACCUGAAAAAGCGCGCUAGUGUACACUUUGCUCGGCAUCUGCUGUCAGCGUAAAGCCAGGUUUGAAGCCCAACAUCAAAGCCGAAGGAGCCGCUGAGCUGGAGCACUUGUUAUUCUGAGGAUGUCUGGCAGCUUAUCCACUCACUAGCUUUAUCAAAUCACCUUGGAAGAAUUGCCCUCAAAAAUGUAGUUGUCUGAGUGAACGUCUUGCUGUGAUUGUGUUUUAACCCCCUUAUGUGGCUGUCUUUUAGAGUAUAAAUGUUAGGUAAGAUUCUGUGUGAAUGAGUGCAUGCACAGAGGAUAGAAAGAGGAACUGUGGGUAACCUCUACUGUGUCCUUCAGACACAGCACAAUGUUGCGUCUUUGACAUGUCUGUGUCGUGGAAUAGGUGAUACUUUGUACCAUGCUCCCUGACUUUUGUGUGAUGUGUAUAUAUUUUAAAUGAAUGAGUGACUUCAAAGGAAUCUCCAUUAAAUUUAACAGUUUUUUUAGUUUCAAUUAACCGGUAUUUUGAUUGCAUCAAGACCGAACUGCAUG